AUGACGAGGGCCACACUGGGCAGUGCUCCUGCAGCCCGGGGAGAUGAGGAAUUCCGCUCCUCCGUGUGCAAGAAGCAGCAGGGCCAAGUUCCCGUCGACACAGACGGGUCCCCCUUUUCCUCCCGGGACCCCUUCUUCGUCAUCUCUACCCUUUUCAACAUCUAUGUGGCCUGGCACGUGUCCACCCUUCCCAAUGACCCCUUUCUCACGUUUUCCUUCAACCCCAUCUCCUCCCCUGAUGCACGGAUUCGAACUCCUGUUUUGCUGGUACCUAGCCAGGUGACCUCAAGCAAAAGCAAGCCCUUGUCCCCAUGGACCUCAGUUUUGCCACCUGGGAAGUGGCUCUCAGGGACACUUCCCCUUGGAGGCUGGAUCCUGUGGGAGCCAGCAGAGUGGCACACGACAGAGGAAGCCUGCAGCUGCCACUCUCAGCCACUGCCCGCUGCAGGAGGUUGUCCCACACAGUCUUCGAAUGCUCCGGGCCCUUCCCUAACUGCCCACCUUUCUUUUCCAGGGCUGGGAGAGGGUUCUGCCCUCCUUCAUCCUGAUGGCAGAGCCCAUCCUCGGUCCUUAGAGAAAAGUGCCUGGAGGGCUUUCAAGGAGUCCCAGUGCCAUCACAUGCUCAGACACCUCCACAAUGGCGCGCGGAUCACUGUGCAGAUGCCACCGACCAUCGAGGGCCACUGGGUCUCCACAGGCUGCGAGGUGCGGUCGGGGCCAGAGUUCCUCACGAGGUCCUACAGGUUCUACCACAACAACACCUUUCAGGCCUACCAGUUUUACUAUGGCAGCAACCGGUGCACAAAUCCCACCUAUACCCUCAUCAUCCGCGGCAAGAUCCGCCUGCGCCAGGCCUCCUGGAUCAUCCGCGGAGGCACGGAGGCCGACUACCAGCUGCACAACGUCCAGGUCAUCUGCCACACGGAGGCGGUGGCCGAGCAGCUCAGCCAGCUGGUGAACCGCACGUGUCCAGGCUUCCUGGCCACCGGGGGCCCCUGGGUGCAGGACGUGGCCUACGACCUGUGGCGGGAGGAGAAUGGCUGCGAGUGCACCAGGGCUGUGAACUUCGCCAUGCACGAGCUGCAGCUCAUCCGCGUGGAGAAGCAGUACCUGCACCAGAACCUGGACCACCUGGUACAGGAGCUCUUCCUCGGGGACAUCCACACAGACGCCACCCAGCGGGUGUUCUACCGGCCCUCCAGUUAUCAGCCGCCCCUGCAGAAUGCCAAGAACCAUGACCACGCCUGCAUCGCCUGUCGGAUCAUCUACCGGUCGGACGAGCACCACCCUCCCAUCCUGCCCCCCAAGGCCGAGCUGACCAUCGGACUGCACGGGGAGUGGGUGAGCCAGCGCUGUGAGGUGCGCCCCGAGGUCCUCUUCCUCACCCGCCACUUCAUCUUCCACGACAACAACCACACCUGGGAGGGACACUACUACCACUACUCGGACCCCGUGUGCAAGCACCCCACCUUCACCAUCUACGCCCGGGGCCGCUACAGCCGCGGCGUGCUCUCCUCCAGGGUCCUGGGCGGCACCGAGUUCGUGUUCAAAGUGAAUCACAUGAAGGUCACCCCCAUGGAUGCGGCCACAGCCUCGCUCCUCAACGUCUUCAAUGGGAACGAGUGUGGGGCCGAGGGGUCCUGGCAGGUGGGCAUCCAGCAGGACGUGACGCACACCAACGGCUGCGUGGCCCUGGGCAUCAAGCUACCUCACACGGAGUACGAGAUCUUCAAGAUGGAGCAGGAUGCCCGGGGGCGCUACCUGCUCUUCAACGGCCAGAGGCCCAGCGACGGGUCCAGUCCUGACAGGCCGGAGAAGAGGGCCACCUCCUACCAGAUGCCCCUGGUGCAGUGUGCCUCCUCCUCGCCCCGAGCAGAGGACUCGCCCGAGGACAGUCGCGGCCACCCUUACGGCCGGGCACCGGGAGCUGCAGCCUGGCCGCUGCUGCUUGCCACUCUCGCCACCCUUUUGACUCUUCUGCAGUGGAACGUCCUCAGAUAGAAGUUUUUAGAAGGUUUUAUUUUUCUAAGCCAGGAUUUCUUAUCAUUUACAGAUUUUCUUUACAAAAAAGGAAAGACAUUGAUUCUUCUGAUGCACUUGAAAGCCUGAGGCCGUCCCCUCUGCCCUCCCUCCCUCCAGCCCUGUGUGGUGACCAGCUGGUUUGAAGUCUCUGCUUUGAACUCCAGCCAGCCAGCUCCCGAUUGCCCUCGGGCUCUGCAGACGGCCUGGCUUCAGGCUGGCACGUUGGGAGAGCAGUGGGCAGAGAGCGAGGUCCUCUGGCCCUUGCCCUCCUCCGUGUGGUUGUGUCUCUGAGUUGAGCUUAGAAGAAGCAGCUGUCCAGUUCCCACUCCUGCCCUUUACCACGGCUGCCCCCAGCCUCCUUGAGACAGUUUUUCUCUCUGCAUUUUCUGGGCUGGAGAGCUGGUCUGGGACCGCUCUGGAGACCCCGGGUGUUAACGAAGAGGGUGUGGAUGUGUACACAGGAGAGCUGCGAGGUUUAGCGAGACGGCUUAUACAGCGUUUGUGCAAAAAAAGGAGAGUCCACGUGUGUGGGAAUGUUGAGUGGGAAAAUGUCUGUGAUUAAAAUUUCUAAGUAAUUUAAACCAUUUGUACAUCAGCAUUUUCACUCUGAGAGAGGAGACUUGUCCCAUGCUGGUGCCGGUGGCAAGCCGCUUCUUCGUCACCCUCGCCGUGGACGGGGCGGUCGGGAUGUGACAGAAGCAGACCUGUGGCUGGACAGACAGGAACAGUGGGUGCAGGGUGCGGGUGGUGUGUUAAUUGCCACAUGAGCCACAGAGACAGUACCUAUUUGUUGCACAGUUUCCUCCUCGUGGGGGACCCCAAUCCCGGGCCCAUUGCUGGGUGGAGCAGAGGGAGCCCCACUCUGGCAUCUCUGCCAUCUUUAAAGACAAACUCAGAGAGGCCAAGCUCGGCGCUGCAGCGGCUGGCUCUUCAGAGGGUGCAGCAGGAGUUGCCCGUGCCAGGUGCUGGGUGCCCCUGGGUGUGCAGCCAGGAGCGCGUGCAUCCUCCGAUCACCGGCCAGCCAGCGUGGCUCGUGUUCCUUCCUGCCCUUGCCUGGGCUCCGUCCUGACUGUGAGUUUCAGGGCCACUCAUUCUGAGUCCGCUUCCCUCACAGUCGUCAGGAGAGUGGGUGUUCAAGGCUGCCCAGCCCUUGGAGUUAUUGCAAAUGGUGCUACCUAAACACCAAGUGCUCUUGCACUUAGAGACCAGCACGGGCAGGUGUGAGUGACAGGAAGCUCCGUGGAACUAGGAGCAGAUGCCGAGACCCCGGUCCCGGCUUUGGGAGUCGCCCUCAUAUUUAGAGUGGACUUUGUAAGACGCCGCGGUGUCUGGUGUGUUGUGAGGUACAGAGAUGGCAUACGGCACCAGAGUGCUUUAUAUUUAGAUUAUAUUUUAGUUCGUGGUGCAUACCCGAGGGGAUACAUCAAAAUGAAAAUACUAACUUAAUGUCUGCCAAGUUUAAUAAAUAAUGAAGCCAAAACUAC